UUCCUUUUUUUUUUUUUUUUUUUGGGAAAUCCCCAUAGGCGUGUUGUGUUAUGUAUAGCCAUUGAAGAAUUUCCCUUCCUAUACGCAGUAGUUCUACCUACUAAACUUAAACAAAGGAACCAAGUACUCCGUAGUAGAGAGUGAGAGAGUGAGAGAGAGGGUUUUUGAUUUAUUAUUUAUUUAUUUGUUGCUGUGUUUUAGAACUAUUAGUUAAGUUAUUUACUACAUUUAUUUAUUUUUUGCCUGUCCGUUUCGAAAUUUAUCCCCAAUAUCAUAUCCCAAUCUCCACAUCUCCACACACGCUGCAACUCCACCACCCAUCGUCAUCCUCAUCAUCCUCGUCAUCCUCGUCAUCCUCGCCAUCCUCGCCAUCCUCGCCAUGAGCCAGCUGGUAUAUGUGGCAAUUGAUUGUCUAGAUUCCCGCUUCGAGCUGAGUUAGGUUCGCUCAACCCUCGGAUACCCUCUUUACCGUCCGUCCCCAUCUCAAGAAUGCCCCGUCAAUAUUAUUUAUCAAUUCAACUACAGCUAACUAGCUAGUUAACUAGUAGUUAGAGGUUAUAGCUAGUUACCUGGCGCCGGUAGGUAGGUAGGAAUUAAAAUACCAAAAAAAAAAAAAAAAAAAAAAAAAAAAAAAAAAAAAAAACAUAACGCAGAAGGGGAGAAGACAGAUAUAACUAUCUACUCCGCCCCCCGUUGAUGCCAAUCGGUUCCUUUCUCCCUUUCCUUGUUAUUUGGAAUUGAGAGCGAAAGAGAAUGGCUACAGCUGCUGCGACCAAACCAUCCCCAACUCCCCGCCCGCAACUCGCCCCGGUCUAGCCUCGAAUUCCGCUCUGACUACAACCCCCUCCACACUCCUGCUGUGCUGUGCUACGGUUGCUGCUCCGGCUAGCUCUAAUAGAAUUAAUAUAUCAAUAAAUAAUAACUUAUCAGUUUCUCGCCUGCCAUCAUUAUCACCUCCGCCCGCUGUGCUUUGGGGGGUAGUGGUAUCAUUCCCCCGCUCCACCUAUCCCGCCAACUACAUUCCUCACCCCGCCCGGAUAGCAUGCACCACAAAACACAUAGCAAACAAUUCAUCACAAUGAGCAAUCCCGCUCCUAACGGCUACCUUGUAGCCGCGGGAGCUGUUGCCCCUAUUGCGACAAGAACAUCAACAUCAACGACAACAACAACAACCACCACAACCACAAUCGCUAAUACUUCCACCACAACCGCAACAACGACAUCAGCAGCACCGAAAACUGCGGGGAGUCCCACAGGCCUCUCUCCCAGACCCAUCUGUGACGCCUGUUAUAGGCGCAAGAGCAGAUGUGCCAUGAACGAGUCGAUCAAAAAGUGCUACUCGUGCGAUUUCCAUCGGCAGGAUUGUACGUUUAAUUAUCGCGUGCAGGCGCAGCAGGUACAGGCACAGAGUCAACUGGGCAAGAGGAAGUUUCAGGACGAACUUGGCGUGGGACCUGGCACUGAUGCUGAGGAGGAUGAGUGUGUUAAGCGGCCCGCUACUGAAAAACCGUACAUAGGGGUGGCUCCAGACUCCCCUCUUGAAGCCUCAUUUGCGACCAGCCAACAUAUCGGCAUGACAACAGAGCUUGAGCCACUCCUACUAGACUUUCUAACUCUCGACCACAACAACGAAAGCCCCUUGGCCACAUCCCGCGUGCGCAAAUGCGCCGAUGACGGAACCUUCAUGCGAGUGAUUGACGGCUUUCAUGCCCGGCAUGAGCUUCACGCCAUAUCCAUCGAAACCAUUGAGAACGCGGUUAACCCCUUUGGGCCCAUCCUCAUCGAUAAUUUCUUCCAACAUGCCAACCCGCCAUUUCCUGUGAUAAUGGAAGACGCCUUCCGUCAUUCGUAUCAGACGAGGCGGAAUUUGUCGCCCGUGCUGCUGGCAGCCGUGUACUUUAUCUCCUUGAAAUGGCUGGAUCAAGGGACGGAGGAUGCGAGCGUCCGACCAGGGUCAGGACCCGGCAUGCAGACGCUACGAAAACCGGAUGCUACUCGUCUGGAGUUGAUGGCUACACGAUUACUUAACGAAUCUCUCGUGCGACCGCACAUCUCCACCGUCCAAGCAGGUCUGCUCCUCUCCCAGAAAUCAACCCUAAACACCCCUACGCUAAUCACUCAGCUCGUGACUGCCGGCUACGAUCUGGGUUUGCACCAAGACUGCAGUAACUGGAAAAUUACUUCGUGGGAACGGGGGUUGCGCAAGCGGCUGGCCUGGGCCCUCUAUGUGCAGGAUAAAUGGUGCGCUCUCGUCCACGGCCGCCCAUCACAUAUCUUCGCAGCGAACUGGACCGUGGAGGAAUUAACGUCGGCCGAUUUCACGGAUAUGCAUUCUUCAAGAAAUUGUAGCGAUAACGAUAACAUUAAUGACAGGAGGGAUCUGGAUAUUUCUUCAUCUGCAGGCCCAGGUGCCGUCUUCUUCAGUCACUUCGUCACUCUAACUGCCAUCCUCUCCGAAAUCCUCGAUACCUUCUACACCCUCCAAGCCACCUCUGAAUUCUCCGCGGCGGGCCCGCAACGAACCCGAAUAAUCCUCGAGCGGGCAAAACCUAUUCAAAUCCGUCUAAAACAGUGGUUCACGUCUCUACCAGAUGAGUUGAGGAUGGACCAUCACCAAUACCCCGUAAACACUAACAGCAGCAAUUACCCCAGCGCCGACCUGAUGAGUGUAGAUUCAAUUAUAAAUACAAUUACAAACAACUCAAACCACUCAAACUUCAACGGCGGCCUACACCUCGCCUACUUCGCCACCGAAAUAACCCUUCACAGGACCAUAAUCCGCUCUCUAGGCCCGGACUCCGCAGAUCCAUAUCUAUCACACAUCUGCCGCUCAGCGGCAAAAACGCGACUAAUUUCCGCCAUGGACUUUGUCAACAGAUUGCGUCCCGCCAAUUUACGGUCAUUCUGGCCAUCAGCAUCCCGGGCAAACUUCGCGCUAAUCAGUUCGUUUGGCAUUCUGCUGCGGGCCACGGCGCUGACGAGGGAGGAGGAAGAGUUUUAUCGAAUGCGUCUGGGUGAAUAUCGGUGGACGCUUAGCGUGAGUUGUAAAGAUGCGGAGUUUUUGGCUGGAGCGAUUGAAGGGUUGGAUAUGGGGAUAUGUUUGCUGAAUAACGUGCCGCCGAAGAGGGGAUUGGACGAGGUUGUGGCGGACGGUUAUGGAGAUGGAUAUAGGGGUGGUGAUGGCGGCGGCGGUGGUGGUGGUGGAAACGGUAAUGGGAAGGAGAAUGGGAAGGAGAAUGGGAAGGAGAAUGGGAAGGGCCUCAGUACAGCUACUGCCAUCCCCAAGGCGGACGAUGAGAUUAAUAUCAUCGUCGAGGACAAGGCGGGGUUGGAUGUCGAUCCGGAGCUCGAAGAGGAGAUGGAGCAGCUCGAGGCGAUGGAGCAGCUCGAAGCGAUGGAGCAGAUGGAUGAAGGAGAAGAUAUCUAUUCCUUCUCCUCCGGCGAGUAUUCAGAGGAAUAUCCCCGCCCGUCGAACCUGGGCGGCAGGCCCAGAGGCAAGAACGGUAAUCCCUGCUACAAGCGCGGUCACCACCGUCAUCAUCAUAAUGAUAGUCACCUCCAAGGCGCGGACCGCAGUGGCAGCACCGGCUUGUUUCCGGAUAACGCCUAUACCAACAUAGACGUACCACCCAUGGACAUCCCAAAACUACACGGCGCCCGUGAGUUCGCAAGCCGGAACCUGAACAGGAGAGGAAACAACAACAACAACAGGAACCUGGAACCUGGGCCAGGGGAAUCGGAAUGCCAGCGUCCAUACCAACACCAAUGCCAGUGCCGGUGUUGGUGAUCGGAGAUCCAGCUCGUUGCCAUCUGCUUUUCUGGGCUCGCGUCGCCGGCGACGUCAAAUGGAAGGCGAGAGAGGGAGAGUGGAAAGGAGGGAGCAGGAGAUAGAUGGCCACAGACGAUGUUCGAGACGGACGGCUUAUUUAUAUAUCUGGAUGCCGUAUGUCGACGGAGGGGUGAGUGUCAGGGACUUUGCGUGUUGAACUAAUAUAUAGGGCGUAGCUCUGCGCUGGCGUGUUGGCUUUCUUUCGGUUGACUUACCUACUACUACCCCCCCCUUUUGCGUUUUAAAAAUAUAGAUUGUGUUUUACAUGGUUGGGUGUUUUUCUGGCACUUUUUCUUUUUUGUAUAGUCGCACGGCGUGUAUAUAUUCUUAAGAUAACUCUUCAUUUCGUCGUCUCAUAUUCCCCUGCUUCUUGCUUUGAUCCCCAUCUACUAUGUAGAUUGCAGCUAUCACUCACGAAAUUAAUGAGAUAACCAAAACCCAGAAUUUGAACCAUUUUCCCUCAGAUCCACCCACUAGCUAUUAUCGAUAAUCAGUGAGGCUCUAUCCUCUAACUCGAUUCUACAGAACUUGAAUGAGG